AUGAAGCUCCUAGAGCAAAUAACGAUGAAUAUCGCAAUACAAGAAGCCCUAAAAUGUACUGCCUGCAAGAUCGAUCCACCGGACCCAGCUUCCAGUGGAGACCAUGGCUCGGAGAAAAAUGGCCUAGAUGAAGACGUUCCCAUUGCUGCUGAAGGACGCGCCUGGCGUGAGGAAUCUCCUCUAGGCACAGUAGUCGCGGCCGGCAUCGAAGAAGAUUCCCUCCUUACAACGCCCGCACCAGCCUUGACGUCCGGGUACGAACGGUUAAUGACGCCCUCUCAGAUCGAGCUCUACGAGGAACGAAUAGAUCGAUACAUCUCCCAAGACCCCAAUAGGGAUAAGGAGCUCGCUCGGUAUCGUGUUGACUAUCAUAUCCACGUACAUUACAUGUUUCACCGAGGGAUGUUGAGUCUUUGUCGCGACAAUGAUGACCGGGAUGAACUGAAGAAGUGGAUGUGGGGGCUGAGGAAGUACGAAGAGCUCGAACGCAUGGCAGGGGAUUCAGGCCUACAAAUACCUGACUUCAGCAUACCAGAUAGGGCACCGUGGCCUGAGAACUGCGGGUUGAUGGAACAUGAAGAGGGGUUGUGGAGAAAGUGGGAACCAAGUCGACAGAGACAGGUCCAGAGAUCGAAGUUCAAGUGGAAGAAGAUCAUGAAGGAACGCGAGAAACAGAGACAGUCCCAGUUCGUACAGCUACGGCUGGCGCACCAGAAAUGCAAGGUGCAAAAGGUGAACAUCUACUGGGGGAAGGGGAUACUCCGCGAGGUGGCGCUGGACUCGCCAUGGUGA